GCUCCUAUGAGGCCCCUAUCGCCGGUCGGCGAUGUCCGGCUGGAUCUGUCGCCGCCACCGCCGCCGCCGCCGGCUGUGAGCGGGUCUCCAGUCGCAUCCUCCGGGCGUCUCAUGGCCGCUAGCAGCUCUUUGGUACCCGACAGGCUGCGCCUGCCGCUCUGUUUCUUCGGCGUCUUCGUCUGCUAUUUCUACUAUGGGAUCCUGCAGGAAAAGAUAACAAGAGGAAAAUAUGGGGAAGGAGCCAAGCAGGAGAAGUUCACUUUUGCCUUAACUUUGGUCUUCAUCCAAUGUGUGAUCAAUGCUGUGUUUGCCAAGAUCUUGAUCCAGUUAUUUGACACUGCCAGGGUGGAUCGUACUCGGAGCUGGCUCUAUGCUGCCUGUUCUGUCUCCUAUCUGGGUGCCAUGGUCUCCAGCAACUCAGCACUGCAGUUUGUCAACUACCCAACUCAGGUCCUUGGCAAAUCCUGCAAGCCAAUCCCAGUCAUGCUUCUUGGAGUGACCCUCUUGAAGAAGAAGUAUCCAAUGGCCAAGUACAUGUGUGUGUUGCUCAUUGUGGCUGGAGUGGCUCUGUUCAUGUACAAACCCAAGAAAGUAGCUGGGAUGGAAGAACACACUAUCGGCUACGGGGAGCUGCUUCUGCUUCUGUCUCUGACCCUGGAUGGACUGACAGGCGUUUCCCAGGACCACAUGCGGGCACAUUACCAAACAGGUUCCAACCACAUGAUGCUGAACAUCAACCUCUGGUCGACAUUGCUACUGGGAGCAGGAAUCCUCUUCACUGGGGAAUUCUGGGAGUUCCUCAGCUUUGCCGAAAGGUACCCCACCAUCAUCUACAACAUCAUGCUCUUUGGCCUCACCAGUGCCCUGGGACAGAGCUUUAUCUUCAUGACGGUAGUGUAUUUCGGUCCUCUGACCUGCUCCAUCAUCACCACCACACGGAAAUUCUUCACCAUUCUGGCCUCUGUGAUACUCUUUGCCAACCCCAUCAGCUCUAUGCAAUGGGUGGGCACCGUGCUUGUAUUUCUGGGUCUCGGUCUUGAUGCCAAGUUUGGGAAAGGAACUAAGAAGACAUCCCAUUAGGAUGAGUCUGAGACUACCUCCACGCCAAGAAUAUUUAAGUUAUUAUUGUAACACACCUUUGGGGGAAAUGGACACAGAGGGAAUAAGGAACUGGGCUCCAGUCUUUCCCUGUUUUUUUCCUUUUUUUUUUUU